GGCUGGGGAACUGUGUGUUUUCAUGGGUUACUGUCUGAAUGGGAAGAAAAUGUAAGAGAGCUAGGAUCAGUUUCCAUGCCACACAGGACUCAUUAUGUAGUAUCUGAAUGGGGGACAGGGAGCAGAAUGGAAGCUGGUGACAGGGAGAAGAUGGAAGCCAGAGAGGAGCGUCAGACCAGGAGGGGAACUGAGAGUCUGAGUAGGUGUACAGGAUUGAGUGAGGAGCACAUUUGCAUUUUAGCAGAGACUCAGGAAAGGCUUGUGUGCGGAGAAGGAAGUCAGAAGAGAGGGGCUGUGUGUGGGGUAGGUUGUUAGAAAAGAGGUCAAAGACCGACUCUGUAAGAGAAAGAAAGCAUCUGCAAAUACUAAUGCUGUUCCUACAACUUGUGCUGUUGGUGGUUCUCCUCCCAGAUGGUGACAGUGAAGAUGAUUUCCAGGAGCCAGUCUCCUUCCGAAUCAUCCUGACCGCAUCCUUUUACAACCCCUCCUGGACACAAAAUCAAGGCUCAGCUUGGCUGGAUGAUUUGCAGACUCACGGAUGGGACAAUAAGACCGGUGCUUUCAUUUACCUGCAGCCUUGGUCUAAAGGCAACUUCAGCAAUGAGGAGCUGACGGAAGUAGAAAAGUUAUUCUACACAUACUCCAUUAGAUCUCCUUCAACAUUUCAUAACCACGUCAGCCAAUGGCAGCUUGAAUAUCCCUUCCAGGUUCAGCUGGUGUUAGGCUGUGAUUCCCACUUUGGAGAAGCAUCAGUAGGCUUCAUGCAGAUUGCUUAUCAAGGAUCAGAUCUCAUGAGUUUCCAGAACACGUCAUGGUGGCCUUCUCCAAAGGGAGGAAGUAGGGCUCAGCAGGUCUGCAGAGUAUUCAAUCAGUACCAUGUUUUCAAUGAAAUAGUAUACAAACUCCUCAGUGACUCCUGCCCCCGGUUCCUGUUGGGUCUUCUUGAAGCAGGGAAGGCGUAUCUCCAGCGACAAGUGAGGCCAGAAGCCUGGCUGUCCACUGGCCCCAGUCCGGGUCCUGGCCAUCUCCUGCUGGUGUGCCAUGUCUCUGGCUUCUACCCAAAGCCUGUGUCGGUGAUGUGGAUGCGUGGUGAGCAGGAACAACAGGGCACCCAGCGAGGUGAUGUUCUGCCCCAUGCUGAUGGGACGUGGUAUCUUCAGGUGUCUUUGGAUGUGAAAGCCAGGGAGGCUGUUGGCCUGUCGUGCUUGGUGAGACACAGUAGUCUAGGAGGCCAGGACAUCAUCCUCUACUGGGAGAAGCCCCAUUCCAUGGGCUUGGUCUUCCUGGUGGUGAUAGUGUCCCUGGUGCUUCUGGCCGGUCUGACGUUGUGGCUCUGGAAGUGCUGGAAAACACACUGGAGAUAUCCGUGCACUGACCUCCGUUCUGAACGAGAUCCCAGCAGCCCAGGCUCCAGUACUUACCUAAACCCAAUUCAGUGGUGAAGUCCUUACAACUCUCUGGGCGCAAGUUUGACUUUCAGUUGUGCUUAAUGAUCAGUUGUCAAUAGAAGCUCAGUGUAAUUCAGUGGGGUUUGUUGUUCUGACUUGGUUCUGGAACUUAACUCUCAAAUUUAACUCAGUGUAAAAUGAAGUCCCAGCACCUCCAUGGGUGACAGACAUCAGAUGUCACUUCUUCCAGAGAGCCCUCCCUUACUCAGAAGUGGAAGCUGUCUGUGGAGUGAGAAUUCCCACCACCUUUCCCUGCACUUUGACAGUUCUAUUCCCCAUCCCUGGUGCCUGUUUUCCCCAGUUAGGACAGUUUUCCUUCUAACUCUUAGGAUCCUUGAGAGCAAAGUCUAUAUGUUCUUCAUAUUUGUAUACUUGGGAAGGUGUCUCACCUGCAUGGAAAAUGUCCUCAAUAAAAACCCGUGUUGAAU